AUGUUGAAAGUUAAAGAGUUCGAGCGCUUUGCGUUCUCCGCUUGGUCCCCGCCGACGGUGGAUCCAGUAUAUUUGGCUACGGUCACUGCGGCUUAUGAAAGUCCCAUGUCCGACGAACCCACUUAUCCGAGCCCACCUUUGUUGGAAAUGUUCUGUCCCAAUCUGUCCUCCUCGGAUUUGGACAUGCGACCAAAAAUCGGCAUCGAAGUGGAUUCUAAGGCUACUUCUAUUUGCUGGACCUCAAGUCGCGCUCGGUCUCCUCUCGGCGUGUUGAUUGCCGGGGACGCAAAUGGUGGCCUCACAAUGUACGAUCCGGAUGCUUUGGCUGGCGCUAUCGAAUUAAUUGAUGACAACACUGAAUCAGAUUGUACUCAUCUGGUGACUGACCCGGAUGUGAUAGAGCGAGUCAAAUGUUCGACACGGAAAUCUGUUCACACGGGUGUUGUUCGGUCUAUCGAUUCGAAUCGAUUUCAGCUAAAUCUGUUCGCAUCUGUCGCUGACGAGGGAGAAAUUUUUAUUUGGGAUAUAGAGAAAAUGGACCAACCCAUGAUUCCCAGCACUCGAACCCAGCCUUUGGAAACAAUUUCGACGGUCGCAUGGAAUCCACGUGUACAACAUAUACUGGCCACCACAAGUGCCGGGAGCUGUGUGAUUUGGGAUCUGCGCAAAAGUGAAUCGGUUGUUCAUUUGACCAAAGCUAUGUGUCAAUUCGAACCACACCUGAUGGCUUGGAGCCCGGAUACUGCAACGAGGCUGUGUUUGGCUGAUCCGGCUCAUCCUACGGCGGAUAUUCAACUAUGGGAUCUUCGUUAUCCAAAACAUAUGUUAUCUCUAUUGGGCCGUUGGCCACCACCACCACCUCCAUCCUCAGAAAUCCAAUGGAAUGCCAGUAGCUUGGGAAAUGCGGGAAACGUGAACGCAUUGACCUGGUCCCCAGCACCACAGUCUGCUAAGUCUCACCCCGCUUUGAUGUUGCACGAUCCCGAUUUGAUAGCUGUUUCUCUAACCGCAUCUGGUGCCUUACCGACAACCGGUGGAGGAUGCGGUUCAGGAUUGGAGCCGACCAGUGCUGACUUCCUCGUUGUUUGGAGUGUGAAGGAGGCCCUGAAAUGUGUUCAAGCAGAGGCAGCAUCCGGAUAUCCGAACGCUACACGACAUCCGGUGUUUGUUGGUCGUCUUGAAGGCGGUGGCGACGAGCAGAGUGUAGCUGCCACUUCUGGUGGGAUACCUAGCACCUCGGCCGUUCAUUGGCUCCCCGCAAAUCCGGGUCUGUUAUGCGUGUCUCAGGCAGACGGGUGGAUUGGAAUUUACAGUUUGGACGCUGGAGCACCCGGUGACGCCACCGUUCCAACUCGUCUAAUUCACAAUCGUUCUGGGCAUACCAUUCGGACUCGACUCGCGUCGAACAAGGUGGCCGAAGCGUUUGCAGAGUUGGAAAUCGAUUUGCAUGAUAAAACUACAAAGGAUGGUGACAUGAUCGAAACCGUUCCAGGAUGGCAACAGAGCGUUGAGGACCAAAGUAAUACGACCGGUGAAUUGUCUGCUCAAAACUUACAAUCGUGUUAUCAGUUACCUCAGUCAUGGUAUUUCAUGAUUGAAUCCGGUCAUUUGGACUGGGAUCCAUGCUCUCCAGUGCAGAAAACGGAUGUGGUUUUCGUGAACCAA